AAUAGAGAAUCGCAGUAAACCGUGAUUCUGCCAAUCAGCCUCUUGGGGGAUGCGCAUUCGGGGACGAAGUAGACGUAUAAGAACCGGUGGAACCUCUUUAAUGCCAUUAGAAAGGCUGCGAACGCUUCUUGCAACACGUCCUAACUAAUAAAGUCGAAAAGAAAAUUUCUCCAAGAUCAUGAGUGGUUCUGGAAAACCACUCCUCGGGUUAUGGCUUUACAGAAGUGGUGAAGAUUGGACUAUUAAAGAAGAUUGUCCGAUUACAAGUGUUAAGGUUGCAGAUGAAACCCCUCAAACGGAAAUCGUGGAGCGCAUCUCGAUUAUAUUUACUUUAAAAAAUCAAAUUGGAGGGUUAGUAAGAGCUUUGCAAGCAUUUCAAGAUCUUGGUAUUAACGUUCUUCACAUCGAAUCCCGACCGUCGCUAAACGACGGCUCUCAAACAGAUUUUUUAGUCGACAUCGAAUGCGAUAAAAAAAAAUUAGAACAAGCCAGCAUUCUUUUAAAACGCGAAGUUUUAACGAUGGUCAUUGGUACUUUUGGUGGGGACGAAUUCAUCCCCCCAACGCCACUUUCCGCAACUGUUAGCUUCGAUUUCGAUGAUACGCCGUGGUUUCCUAAAAAAAUUUCCGAUUUGGAUAUGGCCCAACACGUUUUAAUGUAUGGUACUGAAUUGGACGCUGAUCAUCCGGGAUUUAAAGAUCCCAUUUAUAGAAAGAGAAGAGAACAAUUUGCUAAAAUUGCUUCUAAUUAUAAACAUGGUCAACCAAUUCCUAAAGUUCAAUACACCCCCGAAGAAACUAAAACUUGGGGAAACGUUUUUCGAGAACUCCAAGUACUUUAUCAAAAACACGCUUGCAAGGAAUACUUAGAAAAUUGGCCCCAACUCGUAAAAUAUUGCGGUUACCGCGAAGAUAACAUCCCUCAACUUCAAGAUAUUAACGUCUUUUUAAAAAGAAAAACUGGAUUUCAACUACGACCAGUCGCUGGAUAUUUAAGCCCUCGAGAUUUUCUUUCAGGGUUGGCUUUUCGCGUUUUUCAUUGCACCCAGUACAUUAGACACUCUUCAGAUCCUUUUUACACCCCAGAACCAGAUUGUUGCCAUGAACUUUUGGGACAUAUGCCGCUUUUGGCGAAUCCGAGUUUUGCCCAAUUCUCUCAAGAACUCGGUUUGGCGUCUUUAGGCGCUUGCGAUGAUGAUGUUAAUAAAUUAGCCACGUUGUACUUUUUUACCGUUGAAUUUGGACUUUGUAAACAAGACGGGGAUUUGAGAGUUUACGGAGCGGGUCUUCUCAGUUCAAUAGCUGAGUUAAAACAUGUUAUAGCGACACCGCAAAAAAUAAAACGAUUUGACCCCGAUGUAACUUGUAAAGAGGAGUGUAUUAUAACGUCUUAUCAAAAUUCUUAUUGGUACACCGAUUCGUUCGAAGAGGCUAAAGAAAAAAUGAGGAAAUUCGCUGAAACGAUACAAAAACCGUUUGGAGUUCGUUAUAACCCAUACACUCAAAGUGUUGAUAUUUUGAGUAACGCGCAGAAUUUAACAGCUUUAGUUUCGGAAUUAAGAGGCGAUUUGUGCAUCGUUAAUAGCGCUUUAAAGAAAAUUAGCGCAAGAGAUAAUAAUGUUGAUAUCAAUAAGAUAUCAAGUUUACUUCGAACUGGGUUAAAUGAUGAAGAAAAUGUCCAAUCAAAUUUAUCUGACGUUUAAAUCUUAUGGAUGAUGCAAAUUUAUUAUAUU